UCAGAGCGUCGUCGGGCAGCCCUGGGCCACUGCCAUGGCCGGGGAGCAGGGGUUCCCCAGCAGCGACUCGCCACCCUCUCCGCCCGCCGUGAGCGACUCCGGCGCGGAUGAAGGGGCGGCCGCCUGUGUGACCGGAGAGGGCUACGACCGCAAGUGCGUGUUCUGUCGGAUCGCUCGGCGGGAGGAGCCCGGCACCCAACUGCUGCCCUGCGAGCCUGAAGACCUGGUUUGCUUCCAAGACAUCAGACCUGGGGCUCCACACCAUUAUCUCGUGGUGCCAAAGAAGCACAUUGGAAACUGCAAAACCCUAAAGAAAGAAGAUGUACCAUUAGUGGAGAAAAUGGUUACUGUUGGAAAAACCAUUCUUCAGCAGAAGAAUGUCACUGACCUGAGUGAUGUGAGAAUGGGUUUCCACUGGCCUCCAUUCUGCUCCAUAGCCCAUUUGCACCUUCAUGUCCUGGCACCAGCCAAUCAACUGGGCUUCUUAUCCAGAUUGGUUUAUAGACUCAAUUCAUACUGGUUCAUCACAGCUGAUCAGCUGAUUGAACGGCUGCAGGCUGGACGUGCUACCAGUUGAAGGGUUGUCUUGAUCUUGGCUCACAGUGAAUGAAAAACUUCGGUGCUUAGGGAUCUCUUUGCCAGUGUAUAGCUUGAUGUGGUUAGUGACAGGCCAUCUGAAUCAGUAUAGAAUCUUCUGCUCUGAAAAGAUAUGAAAACCUGUGUUUGAAUCUUAAUGAGACAUGUGAUCAUAGUUAACAUAAGUACUUUCUUAAUGACCUUGGGAACGUUUUAAUGGAAACAGUAUAGGUAAAAUCACAUUCGAACUGAUAGAGAAUGGUUCUAUACAUAUAGAUGUGUGUGUGUACACACAUAAUAAGUUAUUUUCGUUUCUGAAUGGAUGACUUCUAACUAAUAGUGAUUUUUUAAUGUGUUUCUAAAAAAGGUCACACUACCAAGAAGUUCUGCUCAAGUUAUUUUUAAAAACCCACUUUUAUUAUUUAUUAAGUAUUUAUAACAGUUACUUUCUGUAAUAAUUACCUGGUUAUAUGCUGUUGUAUGACAGGAUAGGAAAGGAGAGGAGACUUAUACCAAGCAUUUUUCCCAGAUCUGUUUACUAAUUCAGCAGUAACUGUUUCUCAUCCCCUUUAAUCUCAUCCCACUUAAGUAUUAUCUUAAUACUUUGACAAAAUGUUGCUUGUGUGUGUGAGACACCACUUACCUUUCCACUGGAUCAGAGUGCUUCCCACUUUUUAAAGUUCACCUUUCUCCAGGUAGUUCAUCUUCAGCUUCCUAAGGCUGUGACCAUGAUUUCUAGUAAUAGUACUCAUUAAUUUUUUUAAAACUAGAUAUUAGAGUUUGUUAUAAUGGAUGAGAUUUUGCCUGUAAUGACAUGGGUUAGGGAAGAAAUUCUUAUAAUAUAGAAACUGAUGAUAUGAAUGUAUUGAAAUUGGCAGGAACUGUUUUUAAUGACACAUUUUUUCUUCUGUCUGAAGGAAACUGAAUCAAAAAUGAAUGCAUUUAUUCUUCCUAUGCCACUUCUUCCAACUACCCUUAUCAUCCCCACAAAAAAAAAAAAACAUGCUUAGGGUUUAUAGAAAUUGUAAAGUAAAACAGGGGAUCUUGUUUGAUGCCUAUAAAAUCAACGAGACACAACGUGGUAUAAUGGAUGGAGGACUGGCCUUAGAAAUAGCAAGACCCGCCCAUUAAUAUAUGCUAGCUGUGUGACCAUGGGCAAGUCACUUAAACUCUCACGAUCCCUUGAGAGUUCCCAGUGCAACUGUCUAAGAUGAAAUUUAGAGAUGUGUUUGUGAUUGUAUUGGUAGAGAGUUUCCAUUCAGCAGUUCCUUACACUGAUGAAAUCAUCGAUCUGGACAAAAAUAAAUAAAAUUCCUAUUCCUGAUAGUUUAUUCCAUUGUGUACAUUGCUGAAAAUAAGGAAGUGCCAUUGUCUUGGUGCUAGUCCAUUUUAGUACAUCUCUUUCUAGUUUAUACUCAAAAUGGUGGAUAAGAGUGAAUAGUAGUGUAUUACUUCUAGAGGAUUAUAGUAUUAUAUGAUGAAUACAAAUGCAUAUGUAAGGAUUAGGGCCUCUGUGUUGGAAUGGAAUGAUAUUUAGUCUUAGCUAUUGAUGUUUGCCUACUUGUUACUAAAAAAAUAGUACUUUUAAUUAAUGGAAUAUUGAUACCAAACAAAUCUGGCAUUUAAUGAAGAUAGCUUAGUGAAGGAUUUCAUUCAUUUGAAUCCUGUUUUCCAUAAUUAUUAUUAUUAGUUCAAGAGUGAAAUGAGCUUCGAGAUUUAAUUUUAGUUGCUGGAUUUUGGAGACUUGGGAGUAGACUCAUGGAUUGUUCACCGAUAGAGAAUGUUUGAGUUUGAAGAAACCUCUGAUUCACCCCCCUCUUUAUAUGGAAACCUAAUCCCAGAACGGUUAAUCGACCUGCCUAAGGUCACAUAGUAAGAUGUAUAAUGGCAGAAGAAGAACUAGAACCUGGGUCUUCUAAGUUCUCCAUCCAUUGCUGAGUUGGGAUGCCUGGAGCUAAAAACAGCAAAUGAGAUUGAAUACAAGGUAUGUUUUGGCCUGGCUUUCUGGAGAGAGCUUGUAGUAAACCUGCCUUAUCAGCGAAAGCAAUGUCUGUGUAUCUGUCAUCAUAAAUCACUUGACAGGAAAGGGGCUUUGUUCUUCCAUCUCACCUUUUUGGCACUUUGCCAGGUUCUUUAAUUUAAACUGAUUUAAUGGACUCCAGUUGUCUUAGUUAGAUAUGCAUAUUUAACAGACAAUGAUAAUGCUGUUAGCAGUUUUAUAGAUUUUUCCGAGUAGUGUGAGCUCUUCUAGGUAGUCUGUUGUUGUGUGUAUCUAGGUACAAUAAACUAUCUGAUAACAAUUUUUCUUCUCCCUCUCCCAACUGGAAACCCCAAGGAAAAUAUGAAGACACUAUUUUUAUUGGAAGCCCAUCAUAUUUGUUUCCUGAAGUUAAUGUUUUUCAGUUUACUAAACUUUUCACUUGGCCUUUUCAGUAAAAUAGAUUGAAGGGGGCUCACUAGCUAUCUUCAAGAUUUGGUAAGCAAAAUAAUUACAGCAAUAAAUAAUAAUAAUUUAUAAGCUUUUGCAAAAACGUUAUGGUAGUAUUGAAGACAUUACUUAUGAAUACUGUGGUACUUUGUGACCACUGAAUUGUGAGAUAUGCUAGAUUGUUAGUAAUGAGCCACAUAAAAUAAUGUGAAAGAGAAAAGUAAGUAAAAAUUAAAGAUACUUUGUGUCAA